GUGGAUCUGACUCAUAUGAGUUUCUGUCUCACUCUUCACUUCCAUCUCUUACAAUGCAAAGCCCCGCUAUCGUAAAUUACCAACCUUUACAAGCCAUUUCGUUCUUCUGCAGGCCAGAAACUUCUGAAUUAACUGAAACGCCUUGCCUUUGCAAGCCUCCUGCUGGUUCUUCUCACUUCUCUUAUUCAUCAAUGAUAGCUCCUACCCAUUUUUACAGGCAAAACUAUCUACCCAUUUAUGCUGAAUUCUCGGGUGCUUUUUCACUCAAUGGCUUUGAUAAGAAUCGUGAAAAUGAACUUCAAACCCUAAUUGAAACUCGUCCCGAAACGCCUUUUGCUCUUGAUGGGAUAGCAGCUGUGGUCGGCGAACACGUUCUCUUUGGUAACAAAACCGAUCCCACCCCAAACAACAACAGCAACGGUGUAUUUCUAUCCGAUGCCAGCGCUAGCAAGCUAGAGACGCCAGGUUUCGUUUCGUUGUCACAACGUUUCGGGUCUAACAAUAGAAACGUCAGUCCUGUUGUUACGGUGCAGAAAAGCUAUAGAGGUGUAAGAAAGAGGCCGUGGGGGAGGUGGUCAGCCGAGAUACGCGACCGUGUUGGGCGGUGCCGGCACUGGCUGGGCACGUUUGACACUGCUGAGGAGGCUGCGCGUGCGUAUGAUGCGGCAGCGAGGCGGCUGAGAGGGUCAAAAGCCAAGACCAACUUUGAAAUUCCAUCGGUAUUGCCUCUCUCAUCGCCCUGUACUUCAUCUUCAUCUAUAGAAACAAAGAAGAAGGUGAAAGGUAAAGCUAAAACCGAGAGGAAAUGCGCGGUGGUUACCUCCGUGUCUCAGUUGUUCAGUUGUAGUAGUAGCUUUGGUGGAAAUGAAGGGAAAGGGACUGUGGAGCUGGAGUUGAAGUUGGGUGUGGGACUUAAGGGUUCUACAUCAAAUAAUCCUGGUUUAGUGAAACAGUCAAUUCCUCUCAAUUAGUAGCAGUAGUUUCCUUUUACUUCCUUUUUAGGCUUGUAGUAACUUAAAUGAAUCAAGGUUUCAUGGGUAGAAACUUUUUUGUCUUGCAUGUGCAUUGGAGCGAAGGAAGAUGGCUUUUCUGGGCUGUAAGUAGUCCAAAUCUAGGAAUAUCAAUAUAUAUUGUAUAUGGAUAUAUAGAAAGAAACUGACAGUGUUGUAGUAAAUUAAUAUUCUCUGCCUGUUUGAAUGUUGCUUUAUCUAAUUCUAUCUCGUUGGCUAUUGGGGUUUUUUUUUUGUGUUGAACUGAGAGUGGCGCAGUCCUGAGAAAGCGAGAAAAUUCUUUCAGGCAAGCUUGGUGGUGAAGUGCAACAUUAACAGUGAUUUAGUUGCUUCUCUUUUUGUUCCUUUCUGUCUCUUUUGAGUAUAUUCUCAGCAAU